UUUAUGAGUUAACGACAAUUCCUUAAUUGUUUGUUGCGCUUUUCAGAGUAUUGUUCGUUGCUUGCCUCCUCUCCUCUCCUCUACUCUCCUCUCCCUCACUUGUCACUCAAUUCCUUAUUGCCCUCCUCUCUAUCAACAACAUUUAUUUAAUUAAAGAUUCAGCCUACGCAAAGUGUUCAACGAAAUGCCUGAACCAUGGUCUCAUUCACAACCGCUUCUAAUCAUUUAUUUCCCUCCCCUUAUUCCCCUACGGAUUUGAAUUUCCAUACGCUUCCUUCCUGGGUUUCUGUUUGUAACCCGAGAACCAGACCCACCAAGCAAGAGCUAGGUGUUUCUUGUAAUCUUGCUGUGGCUGCAAAAGAGAGGGGAAGUGGUUGGUCUUUUGUGGGUUUUGUUGAGGUCAAGAAGAGGAAUUAUAGGGGUUCUUCUUGUUUUAGUUUGCAGAAAGAUUGGCAGGGUGAAGGAGAUUUAGGUUUGGAGGCUGCGAUUUUGGAGUUUAUGAAGAGUUCUGAGAAUCCUGAGAGGUUUCCUACUAAGAAACAGUUAAUGGAUGCGGGAAGGAUGGAUCUUGUCGAGGCCAUUACAAGGCAAGGUGGGUGGCUGACUUUUGGUUGGGAUUUGGAUAAUGACGAACAUAAAGUAGAUGAAGUUGAGGUUAAAGAUUGGGAUUUAAUGAAUGUGGAAGAUUACAAAAAUGUUUCUGUUAAAGAGUGGGUUCAGAGUGGGGAAAAAGACAGUGCUUUGGAGGGCAAUGAAGUUGGUAGAUGUAGCGUUUCAUCUUUUGCCGUUAGUUCCUCUGGUCCGGCUUCCUCGUCUGGUAGAUCAUUGGAAGCUACAGCCGAGGAAGAUUCUGGGAUUGAGGGUAUACUAAGCCGGUUAGAAAAAGAGAGGAAUAUUAAUUUUGGGUUCAAUUCCAGGGAGAAAGGGAAAGCUUCUCCUAACCAAUGUGAUGAUCAUGAAGAUGACUGGCUUGAAAGAACAUCCAACAAUAUGGCAGUUGCUGGUCUUGGAAGAACCAGUAGACCUGCAUCAUUAAGCUCUGGUGGAGGCAUAAUCAAUAAUGCAAGGGGCAAGCCAUCUCUCUCAGAUCUUAAUAGGUUAGGAAACUCACUUAAGCCAGAAACGUGGAGAACUUGGAGCUCUCAAAGGGCAGACUUUUCGAGCAUGGAUCUCAAAGCUGCUGAAAUUGUCUCCAAGGAGGAAGGACCAAUGAAUGUUUCAGGGGAUGGAAUACUUGAAGUAAAAGAGCAAUGCAAUGAACAUUCGAACGGGCAAAAAGUAGGGAUUAGUAGCAAUCAAAUAAAAAGUCGACUUCAACAAUUGGAGUCGGAGCUUUCAUCUGUACUUCACUCAGUGAGGUCUAAUACUGGUGAAGUUGUGUUACCAAAGGGUUAUGAAAGCUCCUCUGAGGAUUUGCAGAAGCUUUCUGAUGCUUGGGAGUUCCAAGAAAAUGAGAUCAUGAAUGGCCAAUAUAGGUUACGGUCAAUACGUGCGAAGUUGGCGGUAUUAGAAGGGAAAAUGACCCUGGCAAUGAUUGGUGCCCAGAAGAUGAUUGAAGAGAAACAGAAAAGGAUUGAUGAUGCUCGUAGAGAUUUACGGCUUAUUCGUACUGCUUGCAUAGUCUGGCCUAAUUCAGCCUCAGAGGUGCUCUUAGUUGGAUCAUUUGAUGGUUGGUCCUCAAAGAGAAAGAUGGAGAAGUCUAGGACAGGGAUUUUUACUCUGAGUCUAAAGUUGUAUCCGGGCAAAUACGAGAUCAAGUUCAUUGUUGAUGGUGAGUGGAAGGUUGAUCCCUUACGCCCUAUUGUUUACAAUGGUGGAUAUGAGAAUAAUCUACUAAUGAUCAUGUAAAAACUCAUCAAGCAUGCAACGUCGUAGUGAGCAGGAGAAACAGUUUAUUCUGUGAAGACAAAGAAGAGUGCAGCCACUUCUUUCUUUCUUGCCCAAUAUUCUUGUGAGCAUAUUCACUGGGUAGCUGAUGCUAAUUUUCUCACGAUUCUCUUACAUUGAAGGAUUUGCAUAGGAAACAUGUUCAUUGUAUCCUUUUGAUACCUUUAUUUAUUUUUUUUUUUUUUUAAUCUCUUCUUUUUUGGUGGUUUAUUGUUUGUUCAUAUAAAGUUAUAACAAAAAGGUCUGUAAUACAUGAACGCGUGCCUAAUUCUAACCUUA